CACACACACACACACUCUCUCUCUGUGGGUCAGAUGGUCAGAUGGCGGCUCUGUUGGUCCUGGUGGUUCUUCUGCUCUCCGUCUCGGGUCCAGUGUGUGCCGGGUCGGUCCGGGUGGGCCGCAGUGUUCUGGAGCUGAGUGGGGUGAUUAAGUGCAGCACCGGGAGAUACGCCCUCGCCUACAGUCUGUACGGCUGUUACUGCGGCCUGGGUGGACAGGGCUGGCCCAGAGACAACGCAGACUGGUGUUGUCACAGGCAUGACUGCUGCUAUGCGACGGCGCAGGACUCCGGCUGCCACACCAAACCAGCACAAUACAGAUGGAGCUGCAGCACAGACUUACCCGACUGCGGUUCGUUGACGGACAGCUGUGAGAAGACGGUGUGUUUGUGUGAUGCAGAAGCUGCGAGGUGUUUGAAGAAAGCGGCGUAUAACCUGGAGUACGCUGUAUAUCCCGACUUCCUCUGUGGAGCAGAGUACCCCACCUGUGCUUACAACUAACUUACACUACACAAUAACUUUAUUUCUUACAGUAAAAUCUCCUUUUUUAUAGAAAAAAUAAAUAAUAUUCAGUACAAUGUUCCU